UCAUAACUGUGCCUACCGAGUUAAAAGUCGUUGAGUUAGGACGUGCAUAGUGUCUAGGAAGAAGUAUCUACAUUUUCUACAAAAAAUAAAAAGUUACUCUACAAUAGUGUUGCCGAAAUCGAAGCAACUAUUCGAUUGUUCACAAUCGAAUAGAAUCGACUGCAGACAAUCGAUUGUGCCCAGUACUUUGCAAAUUUGAAUUCAUACACAAUUCCUUGAAAUUCAAAUUAAAAUUUUUCCCACAUUUUUUUAUCCGCUUCCGACUUUAUCUACAUGACACCAGCAAGUAUUGAAAUAAAACAUGGCGACACUUGUUUAUUAGCAAGUAAACUCAUCUAUUACAAAAAAAGUUUCCAAAUUAUCUGCAAAUAAAAAACAAAAUGGCCACAGAAAAUAAUGAAAAUAUUAAAAAACCUAAGAUAAUUGUCUUCGAUCUCGAUUACACACUGUGGCCAUUUUGGAUUGAUACUCACGUGACUCCGCCAUUUUCUCGAAAAAAUGGCUCUAUAGUAGACGCACAAGGCAAAAAAAUAAAAUAUUACGAGCAAGUACCGGAAAUUUUAGAAAAUUUAGCCAAAGAAGGCUUCGAAAUUGGCAUCGCCUCGCGUACUUCCGAAAUAAAAGGAGCAUAUCAAUUACUUAAAUUAUUAAACUGGGAUAAAUAUAUCAAGUAUACGGAAAUAUAUCCUGGAUGCAAGAUUACGCACUUUAAUAAGAUCAAAAAAGCAUCAGGAGUUGAUUUUAAAGACAUGAUUUUUUUUGAUGAUGAACGUCGCAAUAUAGAUGACCUAACGAAAGUAGGCGUACUAUCAAUUUACGUUCAAAAUGGCUUGAACAAAAAUGAAAUAAAAAAUGGCCUAGAAAAAUUUAAAUCUCGCCAAUAACAAUUUUGUUUAAUUAUUUAAAUAAAUUAUUUAUUAAUUAA